GCCGAGGGCAGCGCCGCGCCCUCCCAGUCCCAGGCGGCCGCCCCGGGCGUGCUCCGGCCGGCGGCGCAGGGGCGGGAUGCGGUGGCCGCGCCCGCGCCUCCUGCUCGCCGCCGCCAUGGCCCAGCUGCGGGCGCCUUCCGCGCCGGCCUCCUCCUCCUCCUCCUCCGCCGCCGCCGCCUUCGACUACCUGGUGCUGGGCGGCGGCUCGGGCGGGCUGGCGAGCGCGCGGCGCGCGGCCGAGCUCGGGGCGCGCGUGGCCGUGGUGGAGAAGGGGCGGCUCGGCGGCACCUGCGUGAAUGUUGGAUGUGUACCUAAGAAGGUGAUGUGGAAUACAGCCGUCCACACUGAAUUAAUCCACGAUCAUGCAGAUUAUGGCUUCCAAGUAACUGAUGUGAAAUUUGACUGGCGAGUAAUUAAAGAAAAGCGUGAUGCUUAUGUGAAGCGACUGAAUGAGAUCUAUCAAAAUAAUUUGAACAAGGCUCAUGUAGAAACAAUUCGCGGCCAUGCAACGUUUACGUCCGAUUCCACACCCGUGGUUGAGGUGGAGGGUCAGAGAUACACGGCACCCCAUAUCCUGAUUGCUACUGGUGGGCAGCCAGUGGUUCCCACUGAGAGCGAGAUCCCUGGAGCCAGUUUGGGAAUUACCAGCGAUGGGUUUUUUGAACUUGAAGAAUUGCCUAGGCGCACUGUUGUCGUCGGUGCUGGAUACAUAGCGGUGGAGAUAGCUGGCAUCCUGUCUGCCCUUGGUUCAAAGACGGUCUUACUGAUCCGUUACGGUGAGGUGCUGAGGAAUUUUGAUUCAAUUAUCAGUUCAAACUGCACUCAAGAACUGGAGCACGGUGGUGUAGAAGUCUGGAAACAUUCAAAGGUCAGAUCGGUUAAAAAGUUGCCUUCUGGACUGUUGACAGUAACCGUAACGUCCUCUCCUCCCAGUCAGAAACCCACCGUUAACACGAUUGACGAUGUCGAUUGUCUGCUGUGGGCCAUCGGCAGGCAGCCAAACACAGAGGAGCUGAAUUUUGGCAAGCUGGCUCUUAAGGUAGACUCUGCGGGCCACAUUAUUGUGGACGAGUUCCAAAACACCAGCCAGCCAGGGAUUUAUGCUGUGGGAGAUGUAUGUGGGAAAGCGCUUCUUACCCCAGUUGCAAUAGCAGCUGGCAGGAAACUGGCACACAGACUUUUCGAAGGUAAGGAAGAUUCCAAACUUGACUACACCAACAUCCCUACUGUGGUCUUCAGCCACCCGCCUAUUGGAACAGUGGGACUAACAGAAGCGGAAGCUGUUGCGGUUUAUGGGAGAGAGAACAUAAAAAUCUAUACUACUUCAUUCAUCCCAAUGUACCAUGCGGUAACGACGAGGAAAACAAAGUGUGUCAUGAAGUUGGUGUGUGCCACUCAGCAGGAAAAGGUGGUGGGACUUCAUAUGCAAGGGCUGGGAUGUGACGAAAUGCUCCAAGGCUUUGCAGUGGCUGUCAAAAUGGGAGCCACGAAGGCCGACUUCGAUGAGACUAUGGCCAUUCAUCCAACUUCGGCAGAAGAGUUGGUUACACUUCGUUAGAAGUCUGCACCUCCCUAAAGCUUAACAAAAGCAGAAGCCAAGGACCGACCUGCUCAGAAUCAUGCUCCCCCCACCCCCACCCGUGCCUUAAGAGGAAACUUGAAUCAUAUUGUCCUUUCUUACUGAACUUUGCUCCAAAUCCCGUUAUCCACAGAGCAGCAGUGAGAAAACCCCAGUGCUGGAACUGAGGUUGGAAUACUUGACAAGGCUAUCAAAAAAAUAAAUGAGCUUUUAAAAUCAA